AUGGCCACUCCACUCCCAUUCUUCCUCGCCAACGCGUUCGCGACCACCCCACACGGCGGCAACCAGGCCGCCGUCGUCCUCUUCCCAGCCAACGACCCGCGCUCGAACGAUGUCGCAUACUUUGAGGCCCUGGCGCGCGACUUUAACCUCCCCAUGACGGCCAUCGUGGUCGCGUCUGCUACGCAAAAGGACGCAGAUGUGCCAAAGUACGGCCUGCGGUUCUUUGGCGCGUCGGGUUUUGAAUCCAAGCUGUGCGGCCACGCAACGCUCGCGACGUCCCAGGUGCUCUUCAACCACAUCCACCCCACGGCCACCUCGCUGUCGUUUAUCAACCCGCACUCGGGCACCUUCAAGGCCACGCGCGUGUCCAGCGGACAGGGUGGGGAGGUCGGCAUCGCCCUGCCUCCCGGCGGCACGUUCAUCCCCGCCACGCCCGCCGUGGCGAGCGACCUCGGCGCGUCCGUGCUCGCCGCUGCGGGCCUGAGUGACAGCGACGUGGUAGCCUUUGGCACAUUUGACAAGGGGGACCAGGAGAGCGUGUUGCUCGAAAUCUCGCCAGACGUCGACCUCAAGAACCUCAAGGUCGACACCAAGGCGCUCACCCGCCCGACAUUCAAGACCAUCAUCACCCAGGUUAUUGGCAAGGGCGAUGCCGGCGGCGUGCGCGUCCACUCGCGCGUCUUCAUCCCCAACAAGGGUAUCGACGAGGACCCCGUGACCGGCACGGCACACACGGUCCUCGCGGGAUACUUCCUUACUGGCGCUGGCAGCGCGCGCCUCGCCCCUCACCUCACUGCUGGUGCCGACACCGCUGCGGCCACAUUGGACGCGUACCAGGUCAGCGAGCGCAUGGGCGCCAUGAAGGUGUCGUUUGGCGCCGACGGGCGGCCCGUCGUCGUCGGCCGCUCGUGGGUCACGGGCUCGGGUAUGCUCGAGGUGUUGUAG